AUGGACCCGAACCGAAGAACAUCUGCGGUUCAUCUCCGAGAUAGCAGUGAUGCCGCUGCAGCGGGGGCAACAGCGGCGGUACCGGCAGCAUCAGAAGCAGCAUCAGAAGCUCUAUCGAUCCACCUCUUGCCCUCCUCCUACUCGGCGGCGACGCCAGCAAGAUCUCUUCCGCCGAGGCGGCACAAGCGGUGCGGCAGCAGCUCGGCCGCUGCUGCUCGAGAGACGGCCUUAGAAGCACCUCUGCUACCGUCUGGAGGAGCCCAGAAGAGACCAGGAGGAAGCGGAGGAGCCAGGCCGCUAGCCUCAGCUCCGACUGCCCCAGCCGACGCCCCUCGCGGGAGCCGACACUACCGCGCCAGCAGCGCCAGCAGCGGCGGCGGCGGAACAGCUAGCAGUAGUAGCUCCUCCGCUGCCCCUGCGGCCGCUAGCGAUGGCCGCCGCCGACUCCUGAGAAGAACACAGCGGUUGCUCUGGGCCUUCUGGCGGCGGCGGAGGGCGCUGGCGGCGAGCCUCCUCGGCGCCCGCUCGGAGAUCGGCGGCCUCUCGAGGCUUGCCCGACAUCCCUUGGGCCGGCGGCUGGCCACCGCCGGCGCCGUCCUCCUCGCCGCGGCGUUCUGGUUCUCUGUUAUCGUCGCCGUUGCCGGGCCGGCGACCGGAGGACGAGCUGCCGGUGACAACAACAAGGGCGGCGACAACCCUAACGGCGGCGGCAGGGACGGAGACAAGGGCGCCGCCGACGUGAGCCGGUCGUACUACCGGCGAAUACCGGGAGAGUUUGCCGUGGGGCCGUCGCUGGCGGAUCCCUGGAUGGUGCGGGAUAUCGAGAUCGCGACCGCCGAUUGGGGGCUCGAGGGCGGCGGCGGCGGCGACGCCUCCUCGGAAGACGACGGCCGCGGCGGCGAUGCGGCGGGAAAAGAUUCGACGGAGGGCGGGGAGGGCGAGGCGGCGGGAUCGCUGGGACUGGGGCGGAGGAGCGGCAAGAGAGGGACGGAGUGGGACGGGCGAGUAAGCAGCGUAGUCAUGGGGGAGCUGGAGCCGGUAGGGACGGCGAAGACAAGGCCAAAGGUCGACCUUUUGCUCACGAUCUUCUCGGGCACAACGGAGGCGGAUGCCGCGAAGCGAGAGCUGCUACGGCAAAUUUACGACAAGUACGAAGGGUGGGUGAAGGUGGGAGGGCCCAACUCUCUCACGGAGGGCAAGAAUCCUGAGCCGAGAGAGUUCACGGUGUCGGUGGUGUUCGUCAUGUCGAAGGAAACCGCGCCUCCAGAGGGGGAGCUGGUCGGGGAUAUCCUCUACGUGGCGGUGCCGGAGGGGUACCGGAACAUCGUGCUCAAGACCAAGGCCAUGCUGUGCCUGGUGCGGCACUUCGACUUCGACUUCCUGCUCAAGGCGGACGACGAUUCGUUCGUGUGCCUGACGCGCAUCGCCUCGAUGCUGCACGACCUAGACCCGGAGAUCAGGGGCAAGGUCUACGUCGGCGUGCCCACGGCGUGCAACCAGAGCACCAAUCCGGACUACUGGAACGGGAGGGUUAUGAAGAACCCCGACCACCGGUGGUUCGACAGCAAAUACGUGCAGCACACCCUGGGCGGCCUCGAUUGCUUCCCAGCGUACAUGCAGGGGGCUUUCUACAUCCUGGCGCAACCUCUUGUAGAGCACCUCUACCGGGGCCACGAGCACUUGGAGUGCUUCACGAACGAGGACGUUACGAUUGGCUCCUGGCUCAUGGGGGUGGACCGCGAGAUGGUGGAGAUGUACAACCUUCGCACGUCCCACCUGUGGGACUGCCUGUGCGCCCGCACCCAGAUCACGGUCAAGACCCGAAAGAAGCACAUGUUCUUCCACAACUGCAAGGGGUUGUCCCAGCUCAAGCUGUGCGGGACGCGCCUUCUGAGACCGGGCGUCGGGUGUUGA